CGACAUGUGCGUUAGCAGCUGAUCAGCAGCUGUGGAAUAAGAGAAGAAGCUAUCUUUAAGGGGAAAAGUGCUGCAUAUCUGCUGGUGGCUUUGGAAGUCUUGAGCAAAUAUUCAAGGUUAAUACAAUGGCUGAAGGUGGAGAAGGGAAUAAAGAUAGGGCGCCAAAAGAUAUGACUGCACUAUUGAAGUUCUGUCUGGAGAAAACAAAAGAAGAAGAUCCUACACAAUCCUCCAGUUUUAGAGAAAUGUCACCAGAGAGAAGAGAGUGGUUAAGCAGUGCACUUAAAGACAUGUCUGUCAACCCAGUGGAACGACUGAAUUAUUGUAUCCAAUGUGUGAAAAAUAUUGACACAUGUAAACCAUUGGAGCGAACAGAAGAAGGAGUCACACAGGCUAUUAACUGCUUAGAAGAACUGCGAGACUGGUGUGAAGAAAUAGAUCUGGCUGUUGAUUUUCACAAAAUUGGUGGUUUCUCCAUUUUUCCAAUUGUAUUGCAACAUCCAGACAGUGACAUCCGUUGGCGAGGGCUUGAUCUAAUGGCAACCUUGGUUCAGAACAAUCCCUACUGUCAGGUUGCUAUUUUGCAAGAAGGAUUUCUGCCACAGAUUGUCACAAUUCUUGACAAAGAUCCAGAUCCCAUCACCAGAACAAAGGCUUUGUAUGCUAUUUCAUGCCUUGUGCGUACAUAUGAACCUGCUCAAGAAGAGUUUGUAAAGCAUGAUGGGUUCUCCAUCCUUCUUAAAGCCAUGCAGAGUAAUGUUGAGAAACUGAAAGUGAAGGCAUCUUUUUUGCUGACAACUAUGUGCAGUUCCAACACAAAAUAUAAGGAUACACUUUGUGCCAUGGGCAUAGUUGAGCAGUUGCUGAGUCACUUGAUGCAAGACCAUCAGCAAGAACAUGAACAUAUUAUGGCUGCCUUGUUAUGCUUAGUACGAGACCAUCUGCCAACUCAAGCUCAGUGUCGUCGCCCAGAAUUAAAUCUCAAAGGAGUUCUUCAACAAAGAAUCAAGGCUGUAGAUGGCAAGGAUGAACAUAGGGAGGAGUUUGAGUAUGCACAGGAAUUGUUGCGCAUCAUCAGUGAAGAUGGGGAAGAAGAAGGUCAGCGAUGAAGUUGUGGGUACUAAUGGAAAGAGACUGCUAAACAUCUUAGACAGAUAAGGUGGCAGCAAUAGGAGGCUCAACAUUCUGCUGGUCAUAUGAUUCUGUUUUAUUAUACUGUAAUACACAGUAAUGCUCUCAUUUUACAGUGUCAGUUUGCUCAUGAUGGUUGUCCUGAAUUGAUGCCGAAGAAGUUGAAAAAGGGAGCAUCAUCUUUCAAAGACGUUAAUCACUCCAACCUGCAGGAUUGACUCAUUCGCAGUGUCCAAAAAAUAUAUCUUUGGUUUUGCAGAAUCAUUUAACUGCAAAGUAUCUCAUUUCAAAAGACCCUACAAAACGUUUCAUUGAUAGCAAACCUUUAAACUUCACUGGUUCAUUUUGUGAAAGUUUUCAAGGUAUGAUGAAUUACAGAUUUGUGUUCCAUUAUGUGAUUGUUGCUUUAGACUGUAAAACAGAAAGUAAGCAGUUUAAAGCCUGCCCAGAUAUCUGGCUGGAAAACUUUCACAGAAAUGGCAUCUAAUUCAUUAAGGCAGGUAAAAGUGGUAAAAAGAAAGGAAAGGGCUUUGCUUUCUUCAUGAACUAGACAUGGCGGGCUGCUUAUGUUCAUUAAGCUUUCAGAUGCUUGUGUAUUUUUCAGUAGUCAUCACUUAGUUUUUAUGCACCAUCCAUGUUUAUUAAAAUGAAAAGGAAUGUUUGUAAAA